AACACGUGUUCGAUUGAUUGAUGCUGCGUCACUGUUUAACGAAGAAGAGCGUCAUGUUAGAAGCCGUCGGCUAAAAUCUUGUUUAUAGUUAAGUGUUUUCGCUGUAGAACUAAUGGAAAUUUUCUUGCAUAGCAGGUAAAGACGCACAGUUGACUCGCAGUUUGUUGAGAUGUAACUGCAACGGACCUGAAAACUAUUUCCGUGCAGCUGCCUUUAUGUUAAAACGCUAGCCAAGUCAUUGCUCCGCUACCUGGUUAGCUUUGCCUGCUGUGUUCUCUGCUGAACUGGGAGUUUGUCUCAUCACACAUGAGCGUGUCUCUGGUCGUUAUCCGCUUGGAAUUGGCCGAUCAGUCUCCUUAUCCUCGGGGCUUCUGGUACUCUGCUGUUUCAGACAUGUCAGAGGAGGAACUGCAGGAGAAAGCUCUGGGUUUGGCCAAACACACACUGAGCGGAAAGAGCGACUUGGAAAGAACAGCUGUGCUGCACCAACACAUCGGCAGCAGAGCCAUGGGGGACAUGGUGAUAGAAACGUUCGAACCCAGCCCAGAUAAAGGAGGAGGCGCAGAACCUGGUGGAUCCAGGGCUGAAGCAGAGGGCAUCGAGGGAGUUCAGGAAAGCGGCGAGGCUACGGGCGCUGCUCCCGACUCCCCGUCCAAACAGCUGCCAGAGCAGAUCUCCUUCUUCAGUGGGAACCCCUCAGUGGAGAUCGUUCACGGUAUCAUGCACCUCUACAAAACCAAUAAAAUGACCUCACUGACUGAGGACGUGCGGCGCAGCGCUAUGGUGUGUAUCCUGACUGUGCCAGCGACCAUGACCAGCCAUGACCUCAUGAAGCUGAUGGCUCCCUUUAAUGACGUCAUGGAGCAUAUGAAGAUCAUACGAGACUCGACUCCUAACCAGUACAUGGUUCUGAUUAAGUUCUGUACACAGGCAGACGCAGACAGUUUUUACACGGCGUGUAAUGGCCGCCAAUUCAACUCUAUAGAAGAAGCAGUUUGUCAGCUGAUCUACGUGGAGAGGGCGGAGGUUAUAAAGUCUGAAGAGGGUGCCAGUCUGCCGGUGAUGGAGCUGACCGAGCUGCCGAAGUGCACCGUGUGCCUGGAGAGGAUGGAUGAGUCGGUCAACGGCAUCCUCACCACGCUCUGCAACCACAGCUUUCACAGCCAGUGUCUCCAGCGGUGGGAAGAUGCCUCGUGCCCUGUCUGUAGGUACUGCCAAACUCCAGAACCAGUUGAGGAGAACAAAUGCUUUGAGUGCGGAGUCCAGGAGAACCUGUGGAUCUGUCUGAUCUGCGGCCAUAUUGGCUGUGGCCGCUACGUUAGCCGGCAUGCCUACAAGCACUUUGAGGAAACUCAGCAUACGUACGCUAUGCAGCUCACCAACCACCGCGUCUGGGACUACGCAGGAGAUAACUACGUGCAUCGGCUCGUAGCCAGUAAGACUGAUGGGAAGAUGGUGCAGUAUGAAUGUGAGGGAGACACGUGUCAAGCUGAGAAAAUAGAUGCGCUUCAACUUGAAUACUCGUACCUGCUGACGAGCCAGCUGGAGUCGCAGAGGAUUUACUGGGAGAACAAGAUAGUUCAUCUGGAGAAGGAGACAGCUGAGGAGAUUAACAACAUGAAGGCGAAGUUUAAGGAAACUCUGGAGCGCUGCGAUAACCUGGAGCAGCGGCUGGGAGAUAUAACCAAAGACAAGCAAAGCAUGGAGAAAAAGUGCACCCAGCUGAACGGCCGAGUGCUGAAGCUGAGCCAAGAGCUGAAGGAGGAGCAGGAGAUGAACCGGUGCCUGAGAGCCAACCAGACAGAGCUGCAGUCCCAGCUGGCCGAGGAGGAGCGCAGAGGAAAAGAGAGCAACGACCGCAAAGACGUGGCGAUAGCGGAGCUUCAGGAGCAGCUGAGGGACGUGAUGUUUUACCUGGAGACGCAGCAGCAGAUUGAGAACCUGCCUCCAGAGGCGCGCAGUGAAAUCCAGGAGGGACAGAUCAACAUCGCAGCCACCUCCUCAGACAGCGCUGCAGGAGACGGCCCCUCGGGCCGCGGCAGGAGGGGCCGCGGCAGGAAGAGGAAGUAGCGGCCGCUCGUAUCUGCAGGAAGGUCUCUGUUCAUGACUGUUUUCCUGAAGCGCUCCUCUGCAUCCAUGCGCUCGCAGAUGAAGCAUCAGGACUCGGACGAGCAAAUCGCGACAAAAGCAAAAGAACCACAACCACUAGUUUCAAAAUGUAUUUUACAUCCGUGCAAAGUAAAUUUAUUCUUGCUGAGACUUUCUAUUUUGGUCAUGAAUGGUAUUAUAUGAUCAAAAUGAUUUUCAUUUCUGCUUCUGCUUUUUGACAUGUAAAGCUGUAGUUUUCCCUUUACACUGGAACAAGAUGCUGAAGAACAUUGUUGGAGAGUCUUAUUUUAAGAUUGAUAUUUGUCUGUUCCUAAGUAAAAAGAUGCAAAUGUC